AUAUAAAGGAUUUUAGAAAUUUUUUAAAUUUUUAUAAAGAAAAAAGAAUUUUAUUUAACCCAAACUAAUUAAAACGCUCAUAGGCGUCUGAAACGUAUCGCGACGUUGGCUUUAAGCAAAACUUAUUAAAAAAAAAAAGAAAAAACAUUUCAAAAAAUACCGAUUUAUUUUUGCUUUAUAAAGUUUUUUAGGAAAAAUCUAUAGGUUAUUUUUCUCACAACAAUCAAAGAGAAAUCGACACGUGUCAAAAUCUCAACCGCUCCCUGCGUUUCAAUGAGGAGUACGCUGCGGGAACGAAAUUUGCAAGCAUUGAAUUUGGACGCCAUUAGUAUUGAAGUAGAAAAACUGCGACGACAACAACAGCAACAUACGCAGUUUCUAGAGGCAACAAGACAAGCGCCAAGAACGCCACACACAAAUCUCGCCGUCUACAAAAAAAUGCCGUUGCCGAGAUCGCAGAGCUCCGACCAAAGCGUGCAAAAGGGAAUGAAUCGCAGUUUAAGCAUGAUUGAAUUAUCUUCGCCACAUGGUAAACCCUUAACGCUACACAGUACUAACAAUGGCCUGAAUAGUGAGGAGGAGGAGAAAAAACGAUUUUAUGAAUCCUUGGACCCAAGCAUAGAUUACGAUGAGCUCCAACCAGAGCCACCACGUCCGACCACACAACAAAUGACUCGUUUGCGUGCAGGCAAUACUUUUGGAUAUCCACCAUCAUCAUCGCCACCAGCACCACCACCGAUUCAGUAUCCAGAGGAUUCCAGCUGGCAGCAAAUGGCUCAAAACUCAAGGCUACCGAAUUUCUCCGACUUUUGUCCGCCGGGGGUAAGAGCAGGUCCUGGCGCCGCAAGCUCUCCAUAUCUCCCAACGCCGAUACGCCAUUCUUCCCUUGAUCCCUAUGCAAGCAUACCACAAAGGCAUCCGUCAACAGUUUGUCCGCCACUCUCAACUUGGACACCACCAAUGCCACAGCCAUCGCCACCGAGGCAGCAAGGACGACCAUCGACAUCGACGAGAUACUCACAGGAUGCAUCUGAAACAAUGUAUGAGUCUCCCAGACGUAGUCGGUAUCCGCCACAGCCGCCACAGAGUCCAAUUAACAGUACACGAUAUAAAGGACUACCGGGACAACCAUUCAAAAUGACGGGUCUACCACCGCAAUCGAUGGGUACACAAUGGAUCACACCGCCGGGAUGUAUGCCCUCCGCGUGCUUGCAACAAUCCACUCUAGGACCAACACUGAGACAGUCAACGACGCCCGAGCAAAUGCGUUGGGAACCACCAUCAUGUCCACCGGAUAUGCCGCGACCGCUAACCUGUGAAAAGCCUGAUUUGCAGAAAAAUGGCUGCCCGGCGAGCAGUGUGAAUAUGCCCUGCGAGGGUUGUGAGAGUGCUGAGGAUAGUUAUCCGCCGCCACCGCGCUGUAAGCCACUGCAUCCAGAUAUAGUUAAGAAAUUGGACGGCAAUUUGAUGCCAUUUAAAAUACCGCGCUGCAUGGAAGACGAUUUCAUUUGCGUUAAACGUCGCGAGCAAUGGGAGCAGCUCGUAAAGGAUCAAGAUUGCCCAGGCGCCAUACAGUCAACGAUCGAUGGUUUGGGGGACUUCAAUGUGUGGGCUUAUGAUAUAUUUUUCGGCAAUCACCGCUUGCCUGAUUGCUUGCCUCGUAUUGAGCCCAUCACACUGCUGGAAGCGUUCCACAUGCGUAUCAAUUAUGAACGCUGCCAAAUGGAAAAAUUGGAGAAGCAAACUUAUGCGAAAGACCGUCAGGACAAUGAUGAGGAUCACAAAGCGCCGCCACCAAAUGACGAUUGUGCGUUAAUUGAAAAGUGUUUCAAGCGCAAGUACCCCACCGAACUCAAUAACGCUUUGGAGAAACUUUUGAAGGCAGAAAAGGGUUACAAUUUUCUUAACCAGCAACCGGAGCAACCGCUUAUGAAUAUCAUGGUGGAUAAGACCAGUUUCGACUUGCCGGGCAUACCGAUCUCAAUACAAGGUUUUGUAGGCACUACAAAGUCGAAAAUUUGAGUUUCUUAUGAAAACGUGUACCGAAUGCUUUAAAUAACUUAUAUAACUGUAAAUGUAUUGAAAACUAUAUUUUGCUGAAAUGAUAAUAUACUCAUAAAUAUGUACAAUCAGUA